AGACGAUUGUUUGACUAGCCAUACGUCAAGCCAGGCCAAAACAUUACCUACUCGCUUUGCCUUGAGUGCAGAGGAAUUUUCUACAUCCUUUAACUACUACAAACAACGGAUCACGAAGUAUAGAAAAUGGCGGAAGACCUAAUCUGUACCGACAUUAUACUUUCACUACACCCACCAGACGUCGCCCAAAUUCUUUCAAGGAACAAGAAGUAUCUGUAUCGAAACGAUAGGCUUGGAUUCGGAAGCAAACGAAUAUGGUUGUACGAGGCGAGUCCAAUUAGAGGUAUCCGGUACUGUGCGGAAGUUUCGCUCGGAAUGACACUUGAUGGGAUUGACAAUGCUAGCCUUUCUGAGGCGAAUAAACGAGAGUUGGACUUAUACAGAGCCUUGGAGCCAGGAAACAGCAGGCCUGGGUACGUCUACAAGAUACACAAGUUCUACCGGCUGCAGAAGACCAUCAGCUUGGAUAACAUGCGAGAAAAGGGCUGGGUAAUAAAAGUGUACCCGGUGCCAGUAUACUAUGCUAGCCGGGAGAUGGUCUCGGAACUUGAACCAGGCCUGAUUCUAGAGUUUGAUGACAUGGCCACAGGUGUACAAGGCUCUACGGCGGCAACGUUGCCAACUUGGUAG